UUCAAAGCAUUAACUCAAAUACCAUCUUCCAACAACACCUUCUGCUGUUAUGGCUACGCAUCAUCUUCUUCUUCUUCUACCUACCAUCUUCUUCCACCUUCUUCUCCUUCCCUUCCCCUCCCAAGCUUCCAAUGCCCAAUGGAAUCUCCUACAAAACUCCAUAGGCAUCGUCGCUAUGCACAUGCAGCUCCUCAGCAAUGACCGUGUCAUCAUCUUCGACCGCACCGACUUCGGCUCUUCCAACCUCGCUCUCCCCAACGGCACCUGUCGCCACGAUCGCUCCGAAAUGGUUAUCAAAACAGACUGCACCGCUCACUCCAUCGAGUACGACGUCGCAUCCAACACCUUCCGCCCCCUCUUCGUCCAAACAGACGUCUGGUGUUCCUCCGGCGGAGCCGUCUCCGACGGCACCCUCAUCCAAACCGGCGGCUACAACGACGGAGAACGAAAAAUAAGGUCCUUCACUCCAUGCGAAACAGGUGAGGACUGUGAGUGGCAAGAAACCGACAAUGCUCUCGCAGUAAAAAGAUGGUACUCCACCAAUCAGUAUUUGCCAGAUGGACGACAGAUUAUAAUCGGAGGGAGAAAACAAUUCAACUACGAGUUUCAUCCUAAGAGAGACGCAGCAGAGAAUAACAAACCCUACGUGUUACCGUUUCUGUUGCAGACUAUUGAUAAGGGCUCCGAGAAUAAUCUUUAUCCGUUUGUUGUUUUAAACGUUGACGGGAAUCUUUUUAUUUUCGCCAACAACCGUGCGAUUCUGUUUGAUUACCAGAACGACGCCGUUGUGAGAACGUACCCCGAGAUACCCGGGGGAGACCCAAGGUGUUAUCCUAGUACCGGUUCAGCGGUGUUGCUACCUUUGAAGAAUUUGGAAGCGGCGAGUGUGGAAGCUGAGGUUUUGGUCUGCGGUGGGGCCCGCAGAGGGGCUUUUCAGCUUGUGCCCAAGGGGGUUUUCUCCGAUGCGUUGGAUUCCUGCGCGCGGAUUAAGAUAACGGAUCCGAAUGCCACGUGGGUGGUGGAGACCAUGCCGAUGGGGCGGGUGAUGAACGACAUGGUCAUGCUCCCCAACGGCGAUGUUUUGAUCAUAAACGGAGCUCAGUCUGGAACAGCGGGGUGGGAGAAUGCGGAGAAUCCGGCUCUUCAACCGGUUAUUUAUAAAACCAACGGUUCGGGUGGGUCGCGGUUCCUGUUGCAAUCCGCUUCGAAUAUUCCUAGGAUGUAUCAUUCGACGGCCGUUUUGGUUCGUGAUGGAAGAGUGAUCGUAGGUGGGAGCAACCCUCACGAGAAAUACGUAUUCUCUAAUGUGUCAUACCCUACAGAGUUGAGAUUGGAAGCUUUUUCUCCUUACUAUCUGGACUCUCAGUUUUGUCCUCUACGUCCCAUGAUUCUAGAACCUUCUUCUUACGUGAAGUUGAUGUAUGGCGAGAAAUUGAAGAUGAGUAUUAAGGUGAACGGAACCCUUGUGCCUGAGUUAUUGUCCGUGACGAUGUUAGCGCCGCCUUUUAACACGCACUCUUUUUCGAUGAAUCAGAGGUUGUUGGUGUUGUCGAUGGGUGAAGUUAAGAUGACGGGAAAUUCAAGUUGUGAAUUUGAGGUGACGGCGCCAGGUUCAGCUGUUCUUGCACCACCCGCGUUUUAUAUGCUAUUUGCGGUUCAUCAAGAAAUUCCCAGCGAGGGAAUUUGGAUCAAGAUGCUAUGAUUUUUCUUCUUUCUUUUUUUUUUUCUAGCUGCUGAGAAUAAUUCAUUCUGUCUCACUAAUUCUGUAAUUUUAUUUUCAAUUUGUGUUUAUCUUUGAGUAUCUAGA